AUGUUCAAGAAAUGGAAAACAGAGAAGGAUGCGCCGGGUUCGAAGGGAUCUGGCGCCAGCAGCGGUGCGGGUUCGCAUGCCGCAGGGGGUGCGUCGGCGGCCGCCGUUUCAUUGAGCGGAGCGCCAGAUGCGGUGGGGAAGAGCGCUGCAAAUGGGUCUGCUGGUCUGGCCGCAGGGGGUGCAACUGCGGGAGGCGCAAGUAAUGGCGCUGGCGCAACGAAGAUGGUCGCGGCUGCCGCAAACGGUAAGGAGUUGCAGCGCAAGCUCGACCUGAACAAGAUAUACCAGGAUGAUGAUUAUGACGAAAGCCUGGAAUACAAAGUGAUAAACAAGGACAAUCCAGAAUUGCCAUAUGGGGAUGGUUCGGACAAGAUUUUUGGAAUGGAAAAUUACGGAUACACGUGUUAUAUUAACUCGAUUAUGCAGGCGCUAUACCACACUGGAGAGCUCCGCAAGGCGAUACUGGAGUAUCCGCCACGGGACGCUGCGCAUCCGCGCAAGCGCAAGUUGCGCGUCAAGGGCGAGAAGCCGCGCGGGUUUGUUGCUGCGGUUCAAGCGCAGGCGGGUGUGCGGGCGCCGGUGAAUGCGCCAAAGAAUGACGCUCCACUAGGGAACCCGAUUAAAAAGCCAGGCUCCAAGGUGCGCAACAUGUUCUCCCACGGGUCAGAUGAAGCGUCUAGGAAAGGAGGUAGCGACCGCAAGAGUAUGAACUCAUCGUAUUCGAGCACUCUGAACGAGAGCCAGCGCAGCGGUAGCAGCGGCGUCGCGGACAGCGGAAGCGACAGCGCCGGCGGCGGAUAUCCGCCGGAGGACAUGGAGCUCGAGCGCACGACGGUGGCGCGGUACCCGCUAUUCAAAGCGCUAGGGGUGCGCUUCUACCUGAACCAGCAGUCGAACGUGACGGUGGUGGGCGCAACGAAGAACCCGGCGGACACGUCGGAGCAGCGCAAGCGGCAUGCGCUCACGCACGGGCCGAUAAUCAACCUGGAUGUCUCGUUUAGCGCGCAGUAUGGCAUGCGCCCGAGCGUCUUUACGAGCGUCAAGGAUGCAUUUGAAGCAAUGGCGGAAAACAGCGCCAAAAAGGGCGUUCUUUCCGCGUACUACCUGCUCGAUAUGGUGAAGAAGAAGAAUGCGAACUUCCGGGGCGCAAUGCACCAGGAUGCGCACGAGUUGCUCAACUUCGUGGUGAACAGCGUGAUCGAGACUGUGGGGGAGGAUGUGCGCGCACGGGGUGCGCCUACUGGCGGGGAUGCGGGUGCGGGUGCAUCAGCGCAUGCCGCAGACGCAAUCGGCGCCAUGUUCUCCGGCAUCCUCACAAGCGAGACUAAGUGUCUCACAUGCGAGAAUGUCUCAACACGUGACGAGCGCUUCUUGGACCUUUCCAUCGACUUGCAGCCAAACACUUCUCUCACAAACUGUCUCCGGAUGUUCUCGCACAGUGAAAUGCUUUCUGGAUCCAACAAGUUCUUUUGUGAAACAUGCCAUUCUCUACAGGAAGCAUCGAAAACAAUCAAGCUCAAGAAGGUGCCGAAGAUUCUCGCGUUGCAUUUGAAGCGGUUCAAGUACUCGGAGAAGCUCGGGCGUAUGGUGAAGCUCUUUUACCGUGUGGAAUACACCAAAACGAUCAGAAUCUUCAAUACUACCGAUGACGCAGAGGCAUCCGACAAGUUAUACGAGUUGUAUGCGAUCGUCGUGCACAUAGGAGGUGGCCCAUACCACGGGCAUUACGUGUCGAUGGUGCGGACGCCGAAAUUCGGAUGGCUUCUGUUUGACGACGAGACCGUCGAGUCGAUCGACGAGAGUUUUGUGUUCCGGUUUUUCGGCGACGGUCCGGGACUAUCGACCGCAUACUUGCUCUUCUACCACGAGGUCGCCGACCCGGACAAUUACGAGAAGCGUCGUGUUUUUAACGGGCUAGAUGACGAUGAGGACACCGAGAACUUCAACCACCAGCCGCCGGGUGCUCCGGGGGUUGAUGGCUCCGAUAAUCAUUCCACUAUCAGUACUGCAUCUUCUGGAAAGAGCAAGCUCAGGUCCAGGUUGGGUUUUAAUUUCAUGAAGCUGUAG